AUGCGUUUUGCAGUUUUAAUUGCUCUUCUUUUGCUAUAUCACAAUGCAGUUUUAGCAAGGAAUCAAACUUUGCAGGAUUUCGUUAUUCUUAUUGAUGAUCAAUAUUGUGGACAUUCAACUUGUUCCUUUACUUCAAAUAAACGGAAAACUCCAAAUCCAUUUUGUAGAGAGUGUAGCUGUCAGUUUGAUUGUUUUGUUCAACAUAAUUGCUGUCCAACCACAGCCUUUCAAUACAAAGGAAUUUAUAAAGAAGAUACAAGCACAGAAUGUAUCUCGGCUGAUUUAACUGGUAGAGUAACUAAUUCAACGAAACAUUACCGUCUUGUUAGUAAAUGUUCACCAAACCACCCAGAUGGUAUCUGGAGAAGAUCCUGUGAAAAUGUUACCGAUAACACACCGCUUAGUCUGAUACCCGCUCUUGGUUGGUUCAAGGGAGUUAAUACUGCAUUUUACAGCAGUAUACCAUGUGCUGGUUGUAAUGAUAUGGAAAAUUUGGAACCGUUCUCCUUAUUAGCUACCUGUAAUCACAUCGAUAUCUUCAUACAGGCAAAAUCCGAAAUAGAUGUUUAUUAUGCAGCAAUGAAUCAAUCCGAUUGUCAUUUAGAAGCGAGUUUGGCAUUCAGAGAACCUGACACUUGUUACCCUAAUGAUAAAUAUCUGAUACGGUCGUGUAAUGUUAGUGGAUUAUGGAGACAAAGGGAUGAUAUGAUAGAAGCUGGUUGUCUGUUACAGAUUUAUAAAGUACCAGUUAAGAGUAAAUAUUACAACAUUUUCUGCUAUUUGUGUAAUACUGAUCAGGAUUUGACUGAAUUGAUACAGGAAGAACCAGAAAUAGAAAUAGAACAGAUAAAAUUUGAAGCGUUCCUUGAUGGUUUACCACAAACAUUAUCAGAACAAAGGAGCGAGAGGCCAAACCCGAAUGUUUGUUUUGAAGGUGACUAUUUCAUAGAUCUUAAGGGUAGAUGUUUUGAUAUAAGUUGCAGUCUUGGAAAGGUGUUUAAUGGUAUUGCUUGCGAGAGCCCUAUUCAUAGUAAUAUCAUAGGAUACGAUGUUUGUUUAGAACUUCAAGCUGAUGAUGGUCAAGAUAUCGAGAGUGGAGAAGCCGAGUUGUACCUUAAAUUAGUAAUUUUUGCUGAAAAGCUAAAGGAAUCAUCGGGAUUUCAAGUGACAUCAAUAAAGUCUUUUGAACUCGAACAAUGGAUCUGUAAUAAUUCUUCAGCCUUAAAACAACAGUCAAUAUUAUCUUUAGUAAAUCCAUCACCUAUUAAAAGGGAAUGGCUGUUUGAUCUUAUUUCACAUAUCUGGACAGGCAUCACCAUCAAACAUCCCCGUCGUUGUGGACAGCUAAACGAUAAUAACUGUAAUGUUAGAUUUGUUAGUGGGACUAAUCACACUGAAAAUUAUAUAUCCAGUAAAUCAACAUUAGCUGAAUAUAGCAAACAGGUUCUGUCCGUUCCAUUUACUAGGCUCGAAUCAUGCUGCCAGAUUUUACUCUAUGAACACGACUUUCUCAUGAACGAUACAAAUAAAAAUCUGCUUAUUUUGAACUCUAAAUUAAAUCUAUCUGUCGAUGAUUAUAUAUUACAUGAAAAUGGAACAGUUACUGUUUGCUUAUCUGAUUUUUUAACUAAAUACGCCGUAAUUUGUAAUAAUAAAAUUAGAUUUCAGGAUGAAGGCACGAAUACUUCUUCGAUUGACCACCCAGUUAGCCCUCUAGUUAACCGAACAGUUGAUGAGUUGAAUGAUCCUGCUAUUGCUUCCAGCACUGUUCCUUAUGACGUGGCUCAGGUGAAAUCUGCAAGUGAAGUAUUUUCUCCCUCGUUAAUACAUACUGAAAUUAUUUUUAUUUUUAGUCUUGUGUUCUGUUCAUUUUAG